AUGAACACCACCACCAUGGAGAACGUCAACACAACCCCCAUGGAGCACAUCAACACCACCACCAUGGAGAGCAUCAACACCACCAUCAUGGAGAACGUCAACACCACCACCAUGGAGAUCGUAAACACCACCACCAUGGAGAACGUCAACACAACCCCCAUGGAGCACAUCAACACCACCACCAUGGGGAACACCAACAACAACACCAUGGAGAACAACGACACCACCACCAUGGAGAACAUCAAGGACAACACCAUGGAGAACAACGACACCACCACCAUGGGGAACAUCAACGAAAACACCAUGGAGAAUAUCAACAACACCACCAUGGAGAACAUCAACACCACCACCAUGGAGAACGUCAACACCACCACCAUGGAGCACAUCAACACCACCACCAUGGGGAACACCAACAACAACACCAUGGAGAACAACGACACCACCACCAUGGAGAACAUCAACGAAAACACCAUGGAGAACAUCAACACCACCACCAUGGAGAACGUCAACACCACCACCAUGGAGAACAUCAACACCACCACCAUGGAGAACCACAACACCACCACCAUGGAGAACAUCAACACCACCACCAUGGAGAACAUCAACAACUCCACCAUGGAAAACAUUAACGACAACACCAACCAAUCCACAGGCAACACCACCAACACGUGCAACAAAAACAGAAAAAACUCCUUGGAACAUAUCAAAGGCAAUGAAAACAACGACAAUACCAAUACAUAUACAGGCAACAACAACGACAACACCAAUGACAACAACAGCACUAACAGGGAAAACGACGCUACCAAUAACAACACGAAUUGA